AAGAGACCUCCCUUCGCUUGGCAUGCUCUCUGUCGUCGCGCCGCAGCUAUCGCUCAGCACGGCGCACGUGGUUGGCGCGCGCCGCGCCCCGGCCGUCCAGAUGGCGGCGGGGCCGAUGUACGACCAGCCGCUCGCCCCAUCGACGAUGGGCCGCGAGUUCAUCAACUCGGCCCGCAAGCCUCUCUCUGAGUACGUGGGCGCGUCGCAGGAGCUCGCGGCGUUCCCCGGCGGCGGCGGCAAGGAGGGCGCUGCGCCUGUGCCGUGGGACCCGCUCCAGCUUAGCGAGCUGUGGAAGGUGUCCGCCAACAACCCCGACGUCGCCUGGCUGCGCGAGGCCGAGCUGAAGCACGGCCGCAUGAGCAUGCUCGCCAUCACCGGAGUCAUGGUGCAGUCCGCUGGCAUCCACCUGCCAGGCAACGCCGACAUCUCCUUCGCCAACGCGGAUUGGGCGAUGGCGCCGACGACGCUGCCGCCCGCCGCCUGGGGUCAGGUCCUCUUCUUCAUCGGCUUGGCCGAGGGUCAGACGAGCGCCGGCUUGUUCGACCUGUGGCUGGGCAACACGGAGAAGCGCGAGCCGGGCAACCUCGGGUGGGGCACGCAGUUCCUGUCAAAGGACAAGAAGGCGGCGGACAAGAUGCGGCUCAAGGAGCUCAAGAACGGCCGCCUCGCCAUGCUCGCAAUCAUGGGCGUCGCCUUCAACCACGUCAUCCCCGGCGCGCUGCCAGGCUGCAUGUACAACUAGGCUCUUGGCUCCCCUCGCCCUCUGCCGACGCUCGUGCGCCCGUGGCGCGUGUGGUGCGCUCGGGUAGUCGGCGGGUAGAGGGGGCUUUGCCGGGGGCUCUCUCGGGACUGGCGUUUCGCUUAGUUUGUGGCGUUAGCAGGGAGGUGGAGUGGGACCUGGCGUUUGCGAGUGGCCCGUGCACGUUGGGUGGCGGUGCGUCACACGUUUACGGAGCCAUCCCGGUACCGCGCGUUGCGCGUACGAUUCUGCGAAAAAUCGCAAAUAUAAAAUG